AUGAUAUUCGAGCACAGCGGUACUCCGCGAACGAUCCAGCCUUUCCAGGUAUAUCAGAAUACGGACAGUUUUGUUUCGGAUAUGCUUACGCUGCAUGACAGCCACUUACUUCAUGAUUCUCAUGCGGUCCGGGAUGAGGACGACGCUCGCGAACGGAUGGCCAUCAGGACACUACUUCGAGCUGUGUCGCAUCAUUUUAUAAGUGGUAGUCGACGAAGUGGUCCAUUCAUCCUCCGACUAACCGACUUCCAUCAAAGCAAUAUCUUCGUGGACGACGACUGGAAUAUCACUUGCUUGAUCGAUCUUGAGUGGAUCUGCGCUCUCGCAGCGGAAAUGUUGUCAGUACCAUACUGGCCUACGAACUGCAGUGCUGAUGAUACCAUCGACGAACGUUACGACAAAUUUGAUGAGGCGCGACAGAUUUUCUUAGGGAUCAUGGAUGAGGAAGCUAAGAAUUUACGGCAUGAGCAUGACAUCCAGAUCACAAAGACAAUGAGAGACUCUUGGUUGUCAAAACGAGUGUGGUUUGGGGCCUGCAUAAGAUCUCUUAAUGCCUGGCCCUUCAUAUUUGAGGAUCAUCUUCUUUCAAAAUUCUCCACUGGCAAAGAAUUGGUAGCCGACUUGAAGCGGAUAUCGACCCUAUGGCAAGAGGAGGUCGACCAAAUUGCGAAAACUAAAGUUGUAGAAGAAGAGGGGUAUCAAGAAGAGCUUCGGCGCCUUCUCGAAGAUGAAGGGCUAAAUACGUUAAUAGACGCAUAG